AUGGCUGAGACUACCGUUCGAAAGGUCGUGGUAGUGGGAGGUGGUGUCGCCGGAAUUUCACUGGCACAUCAUUUGCUCCGACGAACACUGCCAACUCUGACCGAGGCCCUUGGUCAAUCUUACCAUGUCACCCUUAUUUCACCAUCAUCGCACUUCUACUGGAAAGUUGCCGCUCCAAGGGCUUUGGUGGAUCCCAAUCCAGGCUUUCCAGAGCCCUUUGCUUCCAUCGCAGAUGGAUUUCAGGAAUAUCCCGAGUCACGCUUCAAGUUCAUUCAAGCUCGUGCUACAUAUCUUGACGAAAAGGCUCAAACUCUCCAUGUACAGCUCUCCGGUACUAGCGAGAUUGUUCCUGUGGAAUACGAUUCUCUCGUGAUUGCCAGCGGGACAACCACUCACAGCCCUUUGUUCUCCUCUGCGGAGACACACACCGAGACGAAGCGCAUCCUCGGGGAGAUGCAGAUCCGCUUACGCGAUGCCAAAUCAAUCCUUGUGGCUGGUGGAGGACCGACGGGUGUUGAAACGGCCGGGGAGAUUGGAGCAAUGAGACAGCACUGGCCCGACGCAAACAAAUCAAUUACACUGCUAUCGGGCAACGCUUGCCUGCUAUCGCAUGCAAACCCUCGGACAUCUGCGACUGCUGAGCAAAUGCUCAAAAAUCUGGACGUUGAUGUGAUCCAUGAACUCCGGGUUACAUCGGCUAUUCAAAAGAAGCAAGAUCAGGGCCCGUGGGAGAUAACCUUGAGCGACCAGUCUACCCGAAAAGUCGAUGUCUACAUCGAUGCCACGGGAAGCACGCCCAAUACCACGUUCCUACCAUCUACAUGGCUCGACUCGAAGGGUUUUGUCAAAACCGACCAAUCCAGUCUUCGUGUACAGAACGUGACUGGAGUCUACGCAUUGGGUUCCGUUACUUCCUUCACCAAUGGAAGCUUCUUCGACGCUAUCCAGCCCGUUCCAUCCCUCAUUGACAGUUUCCGGGACGACCAAUUGGCGCUCUAUCCCGAGUUAUCGAGCCGAGGCCAGACCUGGUGGGAGUGGAUGUUCGGUCGUCAAACACGAUUGUAUCAGCAAAAGGUUGCGCUGACGCAGUUCGUGGCUGUGGGCAGAGAUGGAGGCGUCGGGGAACUCGGGGGUUGGCGAGUACCAAGUGGGUUGGUAUACAAGGCUAAGGCAAAGACUUACAUGGUGGAGAAGAUGGACUCCGUUGUAUACGGGCAAGAUUCUCGUCGGGCUUAG